AUGCAUCCACAGUCAACAGUUGGGUUCAUCAACAAUUUCCAUUCUGGUGAUAUCAGUAAUGUCACUAUUGACGGCUUCUCGGGACAUUUCUGGGCGAUUACGCCGCCCACACUGAAGUCGCUCAUUGCCAAAGUGAAAAAUAGAGACUCUGAACUGCUGAUAAACUUUCGCAUUGAGUGUCGCCGGCCCCCUAAGGAAUAUCAAUCAGGUUCAUUGGUCGUUGACUCUGUCUACACUCGAAAAAUAACAACAGAUGAGAGAGAAGAACUGCUACAAGAAUUAAGCUCCACGAUUCCCUAUUCUUCCCAAAAUACAGCUACUGACCUUAGAAGAUCCGCGAACGUGCCUGCUUCAUCAUCUCCAUUUUCCAAACUUCCUCACAGUGGUAUUUGGUUACGCAGAGUGGUACCGCGUUUUUAUUUAGCCAAAAAGGAUACCAUACGCCCUGCACCAUCAUCUUUAUCACCACAUAAGUCAGCAAUUGACAUCCGAGUCUUGCUUCGCUGUGGCAACUCGUCGCGUUCCUGGUGGGAGCUUCAGACACAAACGAUUGGUAUCGACACUUGCUUCAACAAUUCUAAAAGUGCUCCCUAUUUUGCUACUUAUUCUGCCGCACUAGACUCUACUUUAGCCCUCUCUUCAACCUCCAAGCCUUCUUUCUCUCGUACUAACCAACCCAUAGAUAGCAUAUCGACACCAAUACCAACAUCUGGAUCUUCACAACAUGAUACUUCGAUUCUGCCAUUCGAAAUUACACAUACAGUCUCAAAUUUAUCAAACAUAUCCAGGAAACUCUUUACCCGUUCCUUGGAAGACGAAAUUGGACCGAAUCUAGCCUUUGGAUCUAAAGAAUCUGGCACUACCAACCAAGACACGACUUCACUAAUAAACAAUGAUUGUGCAGGUAGUAACGUCUAUCUGCCAUCAUUUAUGCAGACUCUUCAAAUCAUCAUCUUCAGUGAACGUGUCUCGGAUCAUCUACUCGGAAAACUUGUAACCGUUUAUGGGUAA